AGCGGGACCGGAAGCGCGGCGGCGCUGGCGGAAGGGACCGCGCAGGAAGCGCCUGCCGGGGUUGACCCAUCCCCGCGGGCACAAUAACAGGGCGGCGCUGAGGGGCAGAAAUCAUUGCAAAUAUGGGUCCCAGGCGGAAAAAUGUGAAACCAUGCUCUGCGAACAGAGAAGGUUCUGAGUCUACCAAAGCUGAUGAGCCAAAAGAUUACAUGAACCAGCUCUCUCAUGAAGUGCUUUGCCACAUCUUUAGGUACCUUCCCUUGCAGGAUAUCAUGUGCAUGGAAUGCCUGUCCCGGAAGCUGAAGGAAGCAGUCACUCUUUAUCUGCGAGUAGUGAAGGUUGUGGAUUUAUGUGCAGGCCGUUGGUGGGAAUACAUGCCCACUGGUUUCACUGAUUCCAGUUUCCUAACGCUGCUGAGGAAGAUGCCAGACAUUGAACAACUUUAUGGUCUUCAUCCCAGGUAUCUUGAAAGACGCAGAGUUCGUGGCCAUGAAGCUUUCAGCAUUCCUGGAGUUCUAGAGGCUUUGCAGGCCUGUCCAAAUCUGUUGGGCGUUGAGACCUCCCAUUUAGAGCUGGUGGAAGCUAUCUGGACAUACAUGCCACAAGUUCAUAUUUUAGGGAAGUUUCGUAAUCGUAAUGGUGCUUUUCCAAUCCCUCCUGAGAACAAGCUGAAAAUUCCUAUAGGAGCUAAAAUUCAGACUUUGCACUUAGUAGGAGUGAAUGUCCCUGAGAUUCCUUGUAUCCCAAUGCUGAGGCACCUUUAUUUGAAGUGGGUGAGACUCACUAAACCACAGCCUUUUAAAGAUUUCCUUUGUAUCAGCUUACGCACUUUUGUAAUGAGAAAUUGUGCAGGACCCACAAAUUCUCUGAAGUAUGUUCCUCUAGUGACAGGCCUGGCUUCUGCCCGAAAUCUGGAGCAUCUAGAACUGGUUCGUGUUCCAUUUCUUGGAGGACUUAUUCAGCAUGUGGUAGAAGAUAGCUGGAGAUCAGGUGGUUUUAGGAAUUUGCACACUAUAGUUCUGGGAGCUUGCAAGAAUGCACUUGAAGUGGAUCUUGGCUACCUCAUCAUAACUGCUGCACGAAGGUUGCAUGAAGUGCGGAUCCAGCCUUCCUUGACCAAAGAUGGUGUUUUUUCUGCUUUGAAGAUGGCUGAACUGGAAUUUCCACAGUUUGAAACUCUUCAUCUAGGAUAUGUUGAUGAGUUUUUACUACAGUGUAAAAUGACAAAUGGGGACUUGGUGAAGUAUGGCUUGGCUGAUGUGGUUGAAAAUCCAGGAAUUAUUACUGAUAUUGGUAUGAAAGCUGUAAAUGAGGUUUUUUCUUGCAUCAAGUAUCUGGUCAUUUACAACUGUCCACAUCUACAUAACCCAAAUAAUUGGAUCACAGAUCAUUCAAGAUGGACCCGAUUGGUUGACCUCACAUUGGUGCGAUGCCACGCGAUAAAGCUGGAUUCGUUUAGUCAGUUCAUUGAGUUACUGCCAAGCUUAGAAUUUAUUUCUUUGGACCAGAUGUUCCGUGAGCCUCCUAAGGGCUGUGCUCGUGUGGGCUUAAGUGCAGGCACAGGAAUCGGUGUCUCAUCUGCCCUAGUCAGCAAUCAGAACUCUAACAAUGACAAUGACAACAACAAUAAUCACCAAAAUAACAACAAUCCCAACAUCCACCACAACAACCAUCAACAUCCAAAUGACCAGAAUGAGGAGAAUGAGCUGCGGCAGGAUGGGCAAGCUGAAGGGCAGCAGAUUGCAGCUGAGGCACUAAAUGAGAUGGAGGAGGUGGCACCAGAAGAAGGGAUGGCUGCUGCUGGACAGGGCCACAAUGAUGUCCCUGCUCACAGCCAGGCUGUUGUUCCUAUGGAGGUUGAUGAAGAGCAAGCAGGGCCGAGUGGCAUUCAACCUGUUGUAAAAGCAGCACCUAUUACUGUACAUGAUUCAGACAGUGAGGAUGAGGAAGAAAACAUGGGAACAAGAGCCUGCAUCACUAACAACAUUGCACAGAAUUACUCAGAUGGAGAAGAGAAAACCAGAGAUCCAGUGGAAACUAAAGAACCUUCAGUGAGUGGUAAAGGCAAGACACCCUUGCGGAAGAGAUGCAGUGCCAGCCAAGUGGGCCAGGCAAAGCAGUUCCAUAUGGAGGAAAGCAGCUGUGAGAAAGGUUGUCAAGUAACAAGUGAGCAGAUUAAAGCAGACAUGAAAGCAGCAAGUGACAUGCCUGAAAGGAACAAAGGCAAAGAUUCUUACCCGAGUUGUGGUAAUGCAACAGGAUCAACAGGAUCAUCCAGCUCCUGCAGUGCUAUUUCUCCUAGCCCUGACUGUGCACAGACAGCUAGUAGCCACUGUGCUGGCACCAGCCUAACAGCUGCAGAUGAAUCCAGACUAUGUGUCUGCUCACCUUGUAAAAGUGAAGGUUCCAGUGAGAGAGAGACUGAGGAGACCUCUGUUUGUUCCAGGUGUUCCUGCUACAAGCCACAGGACACACAGCGGAGGACUAGUGGGUGUUGUGAUGGGGAAUGCCCAUCCACCAGUGGUGCCUGCAGGAAUGGACGGAGCAGCACUGGGUCAGAUUUUGCACUUAGGACUCUGCCGAACUGUGGGUCUCCUCGAGAGGCAAGUGGUGAGAGGACUAGUGGGAGUACCUGUGGGCCUGCCAGUGGGGAGGAGAGCGUGGGCUCACAGCAGAGAAGCUGUGAGAUGCAGUAUAAAGAAGAAUAUCCUCGCCGGCCGCUGACGAGAGCUAGAAGCAAGCUGUCACAUGUCCCUCUGGUGUCAGAGUCAGAAGUGACCAAACCAAGGCCAAGGCAAACCACAAAGCGGAAAAGGACUGCUGACAAGUCCACAAGCACAAGUGACCCUGUUAUUGAGGAUGAUCAUGUUCAAGUACUGACUUUGAAAUCCAAAAAUCUUGUUGGAAUCACUUUGACCAAUUGUGGAAUAACAGAUUUGGUACUGAAAGACUGCCCCAAAAUGAUGUUCAUACAUGCUACAAGGUGCCGGGUAUUGAAACACUUAAAAGUAGAAAAUGCACCAGUUGUGAAUCGUUUUGACUAUGCCCAGUGCAAGAAGUUAAACAUGGAUCAGGUCCUCGAUCAGAUUCUCAGGAUGCCACCAGAAAGAAACCGUAUCAUUUAUCUUCGUCCAAUGCAGCAGGUCGACACACUGACUCUUGAGCAAAAGAUAUUUAGUGGCCCCUACCCCUACCAUAUUUGCAUAAUUCAUGAGUUCAGUAACCCACCAAAUGUCCGCAACAAGGUGCGCAUUCGGAGCUGGAUGGACACGAUAGCGAAUAUUAACCAAGAGCUUAUUAAAUAUGAGUUCUUCCCUGAAGCAACACGAACUGAAGAAGACCUGAAGAAAUACACUAAGUACCCUUGGGGACGAGAUAUUUACACUCUAGAAGGCAUUGUGGAUGGUGCCCCUUACUCCAUGAUUACUGACUUCCCGUGGUUGAGAUCACUGAGGACAGCAGAGCCAAACAGCUAUGCCAGAUACGACUUUGAGGAUGAUGAGAGAACUACUAUUUAUGCACCCCGGAGGAAAGGACAGCUGUCUGCAGACAUCUGUAUGGAAACAAUAGGAGAAGAGAUCUCUGAACUGCGCCAGAUGAAGAAGGGCGUAUUCCAGCGUGUGGUGGCUAUCUUCAUCCAUUACUGCGACGUCAACGGCGAGCCAGUCGAGGAUGAUUACAUCUGAGUGGAUCCCCUGUCAUCUCUUCCUAGGUUCUGGUUGGCUCUGCCCGCCAUGGAAGCAGGUGGAUUCGUUCUGAAUGCAAAGCGGUUUUUUGAAACACAUACUUUGCAGUUGCUCUUACUCUGCUUGGAAAGAGUAUGUAGUAAAUGUAUAAUGAAAAGUAAAAAUUGUAUACUAAGGUUUGUACAUAGGUGAAACAAAAGAAAAAACUUCCUAAUACUGAGACUUUAUUUCAUAUGUUUAUACAAUUUAAUUUAAAUUCCAUUUUAAUGAAGGCCAAUGAUUAGGAACAGGGAAGAAUAUUUGAAUUUUUCAGCCCAUACAAUUCACUGCAGUUUUUUUUUCUUAUAAACAAAAUCCCAUUUGCUGUGUUAGAAAGAGUCAUCACAGUCUCUUUUAAUCUGUGCCUUUUUCUUGAGCAUUUAAGAGUCCAGUCUGAGUAAACCUGUUGAGCACAACUUUUGUGUCUUGUGUGCAUUUUUCAAAGGAAGGGAAUUGUGGUUGUUGCAAAGAAGGCCAAAUGCUGAAGAAAGUAGCAAAACUGGUGAUCUGUGGUAGUUUCUAGAGUUCAUAAAAAACAUUUUGGAAAAAAGAUAUUUAGUUCUGUGCAAGAUAAAUUCUAUACAUUUUGUACUUGUACAUUUCAUUUUAUUACUGUAUUGACUCUUGUGAUAUGCAAAAUAAGCUAGUCAUGUGUUGGCUUCAUUCUCUCACAUAAAUCUGUGCAUAUUAACUACCUGAAAUGAGAAUUUUCUUUAAGACAGGCAGGAAAAGGGAUACGUAAUUAUUGUCAGGGCUGCAACUAUGAAAAACACAUAAGUCAUCUGACUCAGUGAGCUUUUGGGCUGAUUCAUGCUCACUCAUGAAUGCAGAUUUUCCAUAUAGUCAGUAAAUACUGCUGUGCUUUGCCCCUGAAUAGUUGUUUUCACUGAAGUUAUAAAAUACCUCUCCUUCCCACAGUAUUCAGAGAUGUUUUGUGUGUAUGUCCAGAAUUUGCUACAAGUCCUGUAUAUGGGUGUUGCCCACUG